AUGCCGCCUAAAAAGAGCGCGUCCAAGGCUUCUGCGAAGCCAUCCAAAAGCACCACAACUACAAAUAAGGCUCCUGCCCCAAAAACUGCAGCAAAAGAACGGCCUGCGAAAGCCAGUGCAGCCAAGUCUAAAGGCGGCGAUGCGCGCACAAAGACUACCACCAAAGCUGCCCGCGCAGCACCCCCAAAACGUAAAGCUGAAGCUGUUGAGGAGCCUAUUCGUGAAGCCAAAAAGGCACGCGUUAUCGAACCUCGUAUUACAAAGCAAAAGCCGAAAGUGGUGAUCAACCAUGCACCGACAACUCGACUUAACGUUUACGUUUGUGGCGAAGGCAGCUCAGGCGAACUUGGUCUUGGACCGGAAAGGAAUGCUGUUGAUGUAAAGCGGCCGCGUCUUAAUCCUUAUCUGUCGGCAGAUAAGGUUGGUGUAGUGCAGGUCGCUGUUGGUGGUAUGCACUGCGUCGCUCUUACCCACGAUAACAAGAUCCUUACCUGGGGCGUGAAUGACCAAGGUGCGCUGGGAAGGGAUACUACAUGGAAUGGAGGCUACAAGGAGGUUGAGGAUAAUAAGAGUGAUACCGACUCAGACUCAGAUGAUGAUCCGGCUCUCAACCCAUACGAGUCGAUCCCAACUGCUAUUGCUUCUGAUACUUUCCCCGAAAGUACUGUCUUCGUUGAAGUCGCUGCUGGGGAUAGUUCGAGUUUCGCCCUCACGGAUGAUGGCCAAGUAUACGGCUGGGGCACGUUUAGAAGUAACGAUGUAUGCGGCGAUAACCAUGCCCUCGCCUUGAAUGAGAAGGGCGCUGUUUUCUCCUGGGGGUCUGGUCAACAGAACCAGUUGGGACGUCGCAUUAUCGAGCGGAAUAGAUUGAACGGCCUCCAACCACGUGAGUUUGGCCUGCCCAAGAACAUUAUACAUAUUGGGAGUGGCGCCUUUCAUUCCUUUGCUGUCCAUCAAUCCGGGAAGGUUUAUGCUUGGGGCCUGAAUAGUUUUGGUGAGACAGGUAUUCAGGCGGGUGCUGGGGAUGACGAGGCUGCUAUUGUUCAUCCUACUAUUGUGGACUCAUUGUCAGGGAAAAAUAUUAGUGAAGUUUGUGGUGGUGCUCACCACUCGAUUGCUGUUGCUGAUGGCGAGCAAUGCCUUGUAUGGGGUCGGUUAGAUGGUUUCCAGACAGGUUUGAAAGUCGAUACACUUGCUGAGGAGGCUGUUAUCAGAGAUGAACGUGGGCGACCCCGGAUCCUGAUCGAACCUACCCCUGUUCCAGGAAUUAAAGCGAGUACUGUGGCAGCUGGAUCUGAUCAUUCAAUUGCCAUUGAUACUGAUGGCCGUCCUUGGUCUUGGGGCUUCUCCGCUACCUAUCAGACAGGUCAAGGCACUUCGGAUGAUAUUGAGGUGGCAACCAUUGUCGAAAACACCGCUGUUCGUGGCAAAAAGCUAAACUGGGCCGGUGCGGGUGGACAGUUUUCAGUAUUCACUGAGCCAGUGGCCGUGUGA